CGUGCGCGUAGACGGCCCGCGUCCCUGUUAGUCAGCGGAGCGGCCGAGGCCGGACGUUGCGGCCGAAUCGCGGAGCCGCGAGCAGGGCUGAGUAGCGGCCACGGGCACCGCGGGACGGCGCCGCUCUCCGCUACGGACUUCCCGGUCGCCGUUGGCUGCACUGCCGGCCUCGGUGGAUAUUUGGAUGAAGCCAUUAAACUGAUUGCUUGCCAUCAUGAGCAGAAGCAAGCGUGACAACAAUUUUUAUAGUGUAGAGAUUGGAGACUCUACAUUCACAGUCCUAAAACGAUACCAAAAUUUAAAGCCUAUAGGCUCAGGAGCUCAAGGAAUAGUGUGUGCCGCUUAUGAUGCCAUUCUUGAAAGAAAUGUUGCAAUCAAGAAGCUCAGCCGGCCAUUUCAGAAUCAAACUCAUGCUAAGCGAGCCUACCGAGAACUAGUUCUUAUGAAAUGUGUUAAUCACAAAAAUAUAAUUGGCCUUUUGAAUGUUUUCACACCACAGAAAUCCCUAGAAGAAUUUCAAGAUGUUUACAUAGUCAUGGAGCUCAUGGAUGCAAAUCUUUGCCAAGUGAUUCAGAUGGAGUUAGAUCAUGAAAGAAUGUCCUACCUUCUCUAUCAAAUGCUGUGUGGAAUCAAGCACCUUCACUCUGCUGGAAUUAUUCAUCGGGACUUAAAGCCUAGUAAUAUAGUAGUCAAAUCAGACUGCACUUUGAAGAUCCUUGAUUUCGGACUGGCGAGGACUGCAGGGACGAGUUUUAUGAUGACACCUUACGUGGUGACUCGCUACUACAGAGCACCAGAAGUCAUCCUUGGCAUGGGCUACAAGGAGAACGUUGACAUUUGGUCAGUUGGGUGCAUCAUGGGAGAAAUGAUCAAAGGUGGUGUUUUGUUCCCAGGUACAGAUCAUAUUGAUCAAUGGAAUAAAGUUAUUGAACAGCUCGGAACACCUUGUCCUGAAUUCAUGAAGAAAUUGCAACCAACAGUAAGGACUUAUGUUGAAAACAGACCUAAAUAUGCUGGAUAUAGCUUUGAGAAACUAUUCCCUGAUGUGCUGUUCCCAGCUGACUCAGAGCAUAACAAACUUAAAGCCAGUCAGGCAAGAGAUUUGUUAUCCAAAAUGCUAGUAAUAGAUGCAUCCAAAAGGAUCUCGGUAGACGAAGCUCUCCAGCACCCGUACAUCAACGUCUGGUAUGAUCCUUCGGAAGCAGAAGCCCCACCACCCAAGAUCCCUGACAAGCAGUUAGAUGAAAGGGAGCACACAAUAGAGGAGUGGAAAGAACUGAUAUACAAGGAGGUGAUGGACUUGGAGGAGCGAACUAAGAAUGGAGUCAUAAGAGGGCAGCCGUCCCCUUUAGGUGCAGCAGUGAUCAAUGGCUCUCAGCACCCAUCGUCUUCGCCAUCUGCCAACGACAUGUCUUCAAUGUCCACAGAUCCGACUCUGGCCUCGGAUACAGACAGCAGUCUAGAAGCAUCAGCCGGACCUCUGGGCUGCUGUAGAUGACUACUUGGGCCUUGGGAGGGUGGGAGGGAUGGGGAAUCGGUUAGUCAUUGAUAGAACUGCUUUAAAAACAAUUCAGUGGUCAUAUUUUUGAGUGAUUUUUUUUUUCAGAAAAUGUAGAAUUCAUUUUGUAGUAAAGUAGUUUAUUUUUUUUAAUUUCAAGUGUUGUAAUUUAAAACCUAAGUUGUGUUUUUAAACAGCAACAAAAAUGUAUUGUAUUUUUGCUGUAAUUAACUGUAUAAUGUAAACCUAAUUAUUUUAUCAUGGUUUAAAUUUUUGCAUAUUUGCUUUAUCUAUGCUGCUGAUUUUUUUUUUUACUGAAUUUGUAAGAUUUUUGUUUAUCAGAGCAACUAUUAUGUGGUGACUUGCAUAUAUCAUGAAUUAUUUAAGAUGUCUAUAAGUUUUUUAUUAGAAUUUAUUUCAGAUGUUUGUUCAUGAUGCUAUCCUUCAGGGUUAUGUGCUUAUCAAUGAGAUAACCCCAGAGGAGUAAGGGAAAAUAACCCGUAGCCAGUUAUAUUCAGGAAUAACUACUGUAAAUGAUGAACGUGUCAAGAAACCUCCAAUAUUUGCUAUUUGCCAAUCCCCAACUUAGUUUAGGCAAUUGGUAGGCAACUUUACCUAAAUUUUGGAAAAUACCCUGUCAUCUAAAGGACAGAAUAACUCAGAGCAUGUCUUUAAAGAUGUUGGGCUCAUCCUUCUACCUUUUGAAUGUCCCCACCUCAAGCUAGCAAACACUCAAAUUAAGAAAUGUGGUAUAUUCUGAACAUUUGUGGCAUGCUUAAAGCUUUUGACCACAUGAAGUCAAGAGGAUAGUUUGUGAGUAUACAUUUCAGUGCAGAUCAACAGAUGGUUCCCCUAUACUAGCUAUGAUCCUGCUUCUGUAUACACUGAGUUACUCUCCUCAGGCUAUAUAGGUCCUGGCACUGGUCAAGAGUCUGGACUUUCCCUCUUGUACAGUUUCUGACCUCUGGACCUUUCCCAGUUCCUGUUCCUUGGAGGGUCCGUUUGUUGAUCACUAGUUUAUGGUGUUCCUGGCCCUUUGAUUCUACCUGUAGCAUAAUCCUAUUUCUACUAGCUGUCAGGAGGUUCCAAAGCCUACUUAAAUUUGUGUAGGUGACAUUUAAAUGAGCAAUAUACCGUUCAUCUGAAAAUAGUAGCACACAGCCAUAUGUAGGAUGUCAUUUUCUAAGGACUGUUUCUUCACAGUGAGCAGAGCAGGCAUAGUGGUGGUUCUUUAGGCCGAGUCUUUUAUUUUAUUUUAUU